UAAAAAUGUAACUAUUUUCUUUAAAUUCAGCUUUUAUUUACUUUCGGUCGUGGUUUUAUAAUUCAGCAUUAUGGAAGCCUAACCCAGCUCACUUCUUUGGUAUAGUUUCCGUUGAGUAACUUCACAAUCAUUCUCUUCCACUAUGAUGGUGUAGUUGAUCAGUGGCAUGAUCUCUCCUGGAGUAAUCAAUCCAUACACAUUGUUGGCUUGCAUCAAACCAAAUGGUACAUGCCUCUAUCCCAACUCUUACAUUUUCCUGUCAACAUAUCUCUGGAGCUUGCACGGUCCUCCGGUCAUACUCUUCGUGUUCCGUGCUUCUGUUCUCUUGUCUUCCUGUUCAGGUCUUUUAUCGAGAAUGGUAUUUCUUCCAUGCCACCUUCCAAUCUAUGAAAAUUCCAGAUUUCAUCGGUGAAGCCUGUCGUAGCUUACAUUCUUGCAAUGUUUAAGGUGGUUUGCAAAGCGAUUCAUGCAUCCAGACAUUACAGUACAAUACAACUUCGUCUUUCUUUGGGACUAAGAUUUGGGAGUGGAGAACUUUCAUGCUGACAAGUGGGACUUCUUCUCUUAUUCUGAGACUUGUGUUUGAAUUGGUUGCUUUUGAAAAGAGUGCUGGUACCUGAAAGAUCUAUUAUCUGUUCGGAGCUGGAUCUAUUCAAUAAUUUACAUCGAAGUGUUUGAUCCAGAUAUCUAGAGAUUAUGAAGGCGGAGGGACUGGAGAUUUCUCAACCCGCCCUGGAUUCCUCUUCUUUGGACAUACACCAUGCACUCACUCGACGAGUGGCUUCUGCCAGAGCACACAAAAAUAUUUUGAGGAAUCGUGGGUCAACCAUUUGCACAACAGAAAGUAACGGUCCUCCAUGUACGAGAUUUGUCGAAGUGAUGGCACCCGUCUUUUCCAAGGCCGCCUGGCGUUGCGUUUGGUAUAUGAUCCAGAAUGAUCUUGUUCACGGAUGGGGCAUCGACUUCAAAAUUGUUUAUUGCUCACAGGGGAUCCGCUCUGAAAAAGUGGGAAUUAUUGAUGCUGAAUACUUAAUACAUAAAGGCAUCCCAUCCCUUGGAGGUCCUGGUCGAAAUAAAGUGAGUUCCUCGAAAAUCAAAAUUCAUCGAUCCAGAAUUUAACAAUCUUGAUGCGUGAGAUUGUCACUCCCGAUGUUCCCUCCACACAUGAUACUGGUCAGGAGCUUCCACGAACAGGGAUUGCUUUAACGGAAAAGUCUUUGGACUGAUUUGAUUUUAACUGGCUUCAAACACCUCUUGUUACAGACAUUCGGACGAGAGUACAAAAAAUAUAUCUUUGGGAAACGCAAGAAACGAUCUAUAGAGGUAAAAUAGUGUAGCAAUCCUUUCGUAUAGUGGCUUCGCUAGUGAGAAUGGUGUCAAUGUCAACAAUGGUGUUCAUGAACUUCAUGCCUUCUGAGGAUGAAGAGUCGGAUCAGGAAUUGUUCAUCAUUGAUCACCUAUAUAAGCAGCGGUAUUGGGUAGAUGUGUGGGUCUGAUGGUUAUAACUCGGAAUUUCCAAGGUAAUCACAAUCGUUUUUAAAAGCAGAAAUUUAUCAGUGCUGUGAUCUAAUAUACUUGUGUUCCAACAUUUUUUCUUGGUGAACUGGGUUUCUUGGAUUCUAUGCGGCGUAUCGAUUUCCUGACAUUUUGCUAGGAUGAGUUUUGCUUGGAUGAAUUUUGCUUGGACAAUCG